AAUACAAAUUCCCCACGUUGUUUCUUAUGAUUCGGCAUUUAUCGUCUUCUGCCCUUUACCAAUUGGAAAAAAGCUCGCCUCUGGCCCCCGCAUUUUCCCUCCGCAUUGGAGCGGAAAUAGGACUGAACACACGCCGGAAAAUUGCGGACGUUCUAAGAAAAGUCAGACCAAAAAUGGUGAUGUGGGUAUUCGGGUACGGCUCUCUUAUUUGGAAAACUGGAUUUCCUUUUGACCAAAAAUUACCUGGCUGUAUCAAAGGCUACCGCCGUGUCUUCUAUCAAGGAAGUACUGAUCAUAGAGGAACUCCUGAAUUUCCUGGAAGAACUGUGACAUUGGAGGCUGCGGAAGGGGAAGUUUGUUGGGGUGUUGCUUACAAGAUCACCAAAAAGGAGGAUAAAGAAACUGCAUUAAAUCAUUUGGAAGUGAGGGAGAAACAAUAUGAUAGGAAAGAAUAUGUCGAUUUUUUCACCGACCCCUUGGAUACCACCCCUAUUGUUUCUGGAGUAAUGGUGUAUGUUGCAUCUCCAGACAAGAAGCUAAACAAGAAUUACCUUGGCCCUGCAUCUAUCGAGGAGAUUGCCAAACAGGUAGUUCAUGCGGAAGGGCCCUCAGGACCAAACAAGGACUAUAUUUUUCAACUCGAAAAGGCUCUUCUUCAGUUUGGAUGGUAUGAUAAACAUGUAAACGAUCUAGCAAAUGAAGUUAGAAGCCUUCUUUCAGAUGGGAAGCUGACUGCUGCUUAGCGUUCAACAUCGAACUUAAAGCCCUGGAAGUAGUAUUGCUAGCCUCUUUCCUAUCAUCGUCAAGUGAUAUUUAGUCCCACUGGAGGGUGUUUAGAUGCAUCUUUAUUCAAUUAUUGUUGCCUCCAAUGGCAAGUAAAGGUGGAAAUUUUCUUAAUGUUAAGUAUUUAAGAUUGUCUUAAACGCUGAAUUAUUAAGUUGAGAACUUUAUCUCAGCAGAUGCGCAAUUAUGCUAUGCUGAGACACUUUCCAAUGUGCACUUAAAACUGUCGUUUAUAAUGUCAAA